UAAUUUCACGUUGUGUAUGUAGGCUUCAUCCAGGGUCUAGGUUUGGCUGAUGUGAACAGAUGUAUGCCCAUCCACUGUGACAAGCGUGUGUAGCACCAUAUGCAUUACCACUUUUCAUUCGAUGGUCCAUCGUUCUCAUCAAAAUUUCACUAAAACUGUGUAGUGGUGGUGGUCAGCUGGCUGGAACAUCAAUUGUGAAUUGCAUGCUGCAUUCAAUUUCAAUCCAAGUUCCUAUACGAAUACGGUGGUUAUAUUUUGUCAGCUGCCGCAACCUCGGAUCGCCUGGUCAAGUUUCAUUUGUUAGCUAGUGUAUACCAUUAAAAAGACAAGAUGGCAACCCAGCUAGAGCAGCAGUUGAUGCACCCUGUGUGUGAGGAGAUGAGUGAGUUCUCCCAGACUAAAGUGACAGUGGUAGGAGUUGGUCAAGUCGGCAUGGCUUGUGCCUUCAGCAUCCUCACACAGCAUGUAGCCAGUGAGCUUGCCCUUGUGGAUGUCGUAGCAGACAAACUACAUGGAGAGGUGAAGGAUCUGCAACAUGGAUUAGCUUUCACCAAAGGAAUGAUUGUCAAAGGUGACACUGAUUAUAAAGUGUCUGCUGGUUCCAGACUGUGCAUUGUGACAGCAGGAGUGAGACAGAGAGAAGGAGAAAGCCGUCUUAAUCUGGUCCAGAGGAAUGUCGCUAUCUUUAAAGGGAUAAUCCCCAACCUUGUUAAGUAUAGCCCAAACACCAUCAUUAUGGUAGUCUCCAACCCAGUGGACAUUUUGACGUAUGUAGCAUGGAGGCUAAGCGGUCUGCCAAAGAACAGGGUGUUUGGAAGUGGAACCAACCUGGACACGGCCAGAUUCCGCUUCCUUAUUGGAGAGAAACUUCAAAUAGCCCCCUCUAGUGUCCAUGGUUAUAUCAUUGGUGAGCACGGAGAUACAAGCGUACCUGUAUGGUCUGGCACUAGUAUCGCUGGAGUGAGCCUGGUUGGAUUGAUUCCCCAAAUUGGUACCGACAGGGACAUGGACGAGUGGAAAGAUCUCCAUAAAGAUGUGGUAGAAAGCCCAAAGCAAGGCGAAGCAAAGGAGACCAAAGGAAUUGGUCUGGAGGGGGAGUCAUUGGGGUCUCUUGCUGACUGGAAAACCCUACACAAAAGGGUCGUUGACAGUGCGUAUGAGAUCAUCAGGCUGAAGGGAUACACAUCAUGGGCUAUUGGCUUGAGUGUCAGCACGCUGGCACAGUCUGUACUCCGGAACCAGAACGCUGUCUUUGCUCUCACUACACUGGCACAGGGUUACCAUGGCAUUGAAAAGGAUGUGUUUCUGAGUCUCCCAUGUGUGCUUGGAGAGCACGGAGUACGUCAUGUCAUUAAGCAACAACUUAACCCGCAGGAGGUACAGCAACUCAGAAACAGUGCAGAGACAUUGGCGGAUGUCAUCAAGGAGCUUCAACUACCAGCUCCUACCUUGGAGUAAAGCCUAAGCCCUAUGGAAAUGAAGUGAGAAUUAAUUAGGGUGGUUCAUCUUAUUUGAAGGUACAAUACUGGUUGUUACUAUCGGCCCUUUUUUAAUCCAAGGAUUCGGCCGGCUCCAGAUUCAGCUCAGGCUAGCUUGGCCCUGUGGAUGCUUUGACAAUGGACCCUUCCCAUGAAGUAUGCUAAUUACAUUCAUGCAUGCAUACAGACCCUGUUGGUUGGCAAACGCCAUAGAGUUGUGCUCUAAGCAGACGCGCAAUCGUGUCUGCGUGACGCACCCGUUACCCGUGUACAAAACACGCAAUGUUCCCUCAAUUUGCAAACCAAAACGUUAGUGCGCACGCGCUAUGUGCAAUUUACAUAUUUUAUGGGAAGGGUCUAUUGCGCGUUUUCCACAGGCUCAGGGUUUUAGACUAGAGGACAGAGCUUGAAGCCAGAACCAAAGCCAAAGCCGUGGUUUCAAAAUAUUCUCAGUGCAAAUCUACGGAAUUAUGAAUCUGACGGUUGCUUUUAAGGUUUUUUAAAUAAGAGAUAGCCUUACAUCACAGGUGGCUAUUUCAAGAAGAGGCAACACUUCAUCAAAUUGGGCUAUGACCCCUAUCAACACUGCCAGCAGGGGCAUGUUGUCACCUACUCCUGGGGCUGAAACAGGGUUACCCCCUUCACAGUCUAUAAAGAUGUAUGCAUGGGUAUCAUCUAC